ACCAAUAGUUGAAGCAAAACCAAAUAUGUUUCCCAUUGAAAUUGGCCAUUGAUUUCACAUCUGUUGGUUUAGAGAAAAUGGAGGCUCAUGAGGAGCUUAGGAGAGAAAUUGGCGAUGGAUCAGGUUCUGCUGUUAAUGCCCCAGUUGUACUCGACAAUGUUGAAACUCUUUCUUCAAAGAAAUUGAAGGAAAUCCCACAUUAUUAUCUCCAGCCUCGUGAAACCGAAAAUGAUCUGGUAGAAGUUGUGGACAAUGCAUUUCUAAUUCCAGUAAUUGAUAUGACCAAACUUCUUGAUCAGCAUUCUUCUGGCCACCGUGAUGAAUUGGCAAGGCUACAUUCGGCUUGUAGAGACUGGGGCUUCUUUCAGUUAAUAAAUCAUGGGGUUCCAGAGGAAAUCGUUGAGAAAAUGAAGAUUGACACAGAGGAAUUCUUUCAGCUACCGCUUGAGAAAAAGAAAGCUUAUGCACAGCUGCCAAAUGGCUUUGAAGGCUAUGGGCAAGCCUUUGUUUUCUCUGAAGAGCAAAAGCUUGACUGGGUAGAUCGGCUCUUCCUUGAUGUUCGGCAUAUUACCAAAAGAAAUGUGAGAUUUUGGCCUACUCAUCCCACCUCUUUUAGAGAAAACUUGGACAAAUACUCGCUGGAAAUGCAGAAACUUACAAUCUGCUUAUUAAAGUUCAUGUCAAGGAAUCUGGGGCUGGACGCAGAGACAUUUACUAGUAUGUUUGAGGAGGGAAGCCAAGGAGUGAGACUAAAUCUUUAUCCACCGUGUAUGCAAGCUAACAAGGUAAUGGGUCUGAGUCCACAUUCUGACGUGAAUGGCUUGUCACUUGCAGUCCAAGUGAAUGAUGUCCAAGGUUUGCAAGUCAAGAAAAAUGGCAAAUGGGUGCCUGUGAAACCCGUUCCGGGCGCAUUUAUCGUCAACAUUGGUGACCUCAUCGAGAUUAUGACCAACGGAGAAUACAAAAGCGUAGAGCACAGAGUUGUUGUGAAUUCGAAAAAGCAUCGUCUUUCAAUUGGUGCAUUUCUUAGUCCAGAUUUCAAAACCAUUAUCGGUCCUGUACCAGGUCUUGUAAAACAGAACGGGCCUAACUACAAAAGUAUUAUCUUCGAGGAUUAUUUGGAGCAAGUUUACCGGAAUAAAAAGAUAAAUAGUAAAAGCCUUAUCGAUCAAAUGAAGCUGGAGAAAUGACUCAAAUCUGAGUACAACUCGUUUGGUCAUAUAGAGUUCAUUGCAAUAGUACACCCUAAUUCCCACAAUGGAUUCUCCCCUACUCUCCUUUUAGCUACCUUUGUAUCAAUGUGUGAACUUUAUGGGUUUGUAUGCGUAUUGAUAUGUUGUAUAUACUAAAUCUAUUUCUAAUAGAUUUGAUUGUAAUUCAAUCUUAAAGGUGUCGUUGUUUAAUUGAUGACUACAGA